AGCUCGGCACCAGUACUGGUUAUACCUGCUUGCGACUGGAUACUGGAGUCGAGUCUAAUUAUGACCCUUUGCGUCAGAACAGACGCAAGAUCUGUGAGGCGGCAUGGGCAAGCCGCGUGCAGCGCGCCAAAAGCCCAUUGUGCUUUCGUCGGACGAUGAAGAGAACUCUGGGGAGUCAUCGCCUCCUCCAAAACGAGCAAAGAGAGAAACAGUAUUGCGCGACGCCAGAAGUGAUUCUAACGGAAACUCAAGAUCAACCCGUUCACAAACACGUCUAGUUUCCCCGCAAAAGCCACGAUCAUCCCGUGCCACGGUCAGAUCACCAACCAAGUCGCCCGCGAAGCCAAAGCCGAUUCAUAAGCCCAUAACUUCAUUCUUCAGCAAUGCUAGAGCACCGCAGUCGAUCCAAACUACAUCAAACCCCGAGGAAGCGGCAGCAACUAUUCCCAUCGAGGAAAUAGAUGAUAUUUGCGAUUCUUCGGCAGAUGACCGGCCCGCCUCGCAGUCUGUUGCACUGGCUUUGCGGAAGAGGGAUAGGGACGUCCAGGCAGCUGUAAAUCAUACAAUUGAUACCUUGCCAAAAGGGAGCCAAAGAUUUGUUAGGAGUUCCAAUGGGCCUGUCAAUACUUCUACACCGCGAUCGUCGAGCGCCAGUCAGACAGACAACAGGCCCUGGAAUGAGAAAUUCGGGCCUCUAUCCAUUGAGGAGAUUGCAGUCCACAAGAAAAAAGUCGGUGAUGUACGUACUUGGAUCUCCGAUGUUUUUGAUGGAAGGCAGCGUAAGCGGCUGCUGCUCCUCAAAGGUCCAGCAGGGAGCGGGAAGACUACCACUUUAACGCUUCUUGCGAAGGAACUGGGCGUUACUAUACAUGAGUGGAAAAACCCACCUGGCUCAAGCCAUUCAUUUGAGGGGUCAACAACCGUCGCCGCCCAAUUCGAUGAUUUUAUCGGGCGUGCGGGAGCGUUCGGCAGUCUGGUAUUCGAGGAACAUGCGUCCGCUCACCAGGGGCCAACCUCUCCGCCUCCCGCAAUGAAACAGAAGCAAUUGAUUAUGGUAGAGGAGUUCCCCAAUACAUUCGCACGUGCGUCUUCCGCCCUCCAGUCCUUCCGAGCAGCUAUCCUCAGAUUUCUCAACGCCAAUACACCAUCGGCCACUGCUUUUUUCACCAAAAAACCCAGCGCCGAGCAUUCAGUUACGUCAAUUGUAAUGAUAAUAUCCGAGACCCUUUUGUCGACCAAUACUGCCGCCGCUGAUAGCUUCACUGCACAUCGCCUUUUGGGACCAGAAAUUCUCACUCAUCCCGGAGUUUCUGUGAUUGAAUUCAAUCCAAUCGCACCGACUUUCAUGGUCAAAGCUCUUGAUCUAGUGGUUGUAAAGGAAGCACGCAAAAGUGGUCGCAAGACAGCACCGGGACCCAAGGUGAUCCAGAAGCUCUCCGAGCUUGGCGAUAUUCGCAAUGCUGUAUCUUCCUUGGAAUUUCUUUGUGUCAGGGGCGAUCAGGAUGGUGAUUGGGGCAGCAGAAUCACCUUUUCGAAGAAGAAGACUUCUAAGGAUGUUGCGAUGACGAAAAUGGAAGAAGAAUCCCUGGAAGUGGUUACCCAGCGAGAAAGCACGUUAGGUAUCUUCCACGCCGUGGGUAGGGUGGUGUACAACAAGCGCCUUCCAGAGGAUCCGAAUAACCAGGUCAAUCCACAACCACCGAACUGGUUUCCGGAACGUCGUCGACCCAAGGUUUCUGAGGUUCAAAUCGACUCACUAAUUGACGAGACCGGGACGGACACUCAAACCUUCAUUGCUGCGUUGCACGAAAACUACGUUUUGUCUUGUGGCGGAGGAGACAGUGAGGAGACUAUGGAUGCCAUUGAAGGCUGUAUUGAUGCUCUGUCCGACGCGGAUCUUCUCUCGCCCGAUCGAUUCAGUACAGGGGUUGGCAGGCGGAACUUCCAAGGGACGAGCGCCGACACGCUGCGGCAAGAUGAGAUGAGUUUUGAAACAAGCGUGCGUGGGCUUUUGUACAAUCUGCCUUCACCUGUCAAACGCAUGGCCCCACCACCAGGCCUCAAAGGGUUGAAGGGUUCCGCGUCAAAAGGUAGUCAAUUCGUCAUGUACUACCCUACCUCUCUGCGGAUAUGGCGACAACAGGAAGAGCUAGGCGGAUUGCUCGACAUGUGGGUAUCCAAAGUCCAGCGUGGGGAGCUUUUAGGUCCAGCGUCUAUCCAGCCUACGGUUGGCGAGUCCGAAACAGGCGGCGUUGACACCUGGAUAAAAUCGAGGGCUUUCGCAUCGGGUAAUGCGGCAGCUUCUGCGAACAGCGCGGCCGAAGGACAGGAUGACACAGGGCUCGUGCUGCUUGGAAGCGGGGGUUCUGCCCGUUAUGAGUUGCUGAUGGAGCGCCUCCCGUAUCUAACACACAUUCUCCGCAACCGACCCAACGCUGCAGCUACCGUCCGUGACCUACAGAGGCUUACCUCUUUCAACGGCAGGGCACUUGCCGCAGGGGCAGCGGAAGAAGAAGACGAUCUUGAAGAGGACCAGGAUCCCAUAGACCAGGAACAGUGGAGUACUGAUCGACCUGCCACCGAAAGCCCCAGGAAGAAAGCCCGCAACAGGAUCGAGAGCAAGAAGUUGAGGGAUGAAGAGGCUUUGCAGCGUAUUGUUGAGAAGGACGUAAAGAGCCUUGUGCUUAGCGAUGAUGAUAUUGAAGAAUAGUGACGGCUUUCUGGAACUGCAUGAGCGCAAUUGAGGCGGGUAUCAAUGGUAAUUGGAGUUGUCGGCGCAAAAGAUAUAGGGAGAUAGCAACGGAAAAUUGGUUCCAGCCUAAGUCUCAUGAGCUUGUUGCAGCGACCACGCGGUUGUACUUAAAGCAUUUACAAUAAAUGGCAAAUUAUCAUGAAGUUCAC